UUUCUUUUUCUUUUUUUUUCUACUCACGCGCCAGUCACUCCCCUCCCUGGCAUACCUCCAUUUCCAACUUGUCGACCGUAUCUCUCCCCUCUCUCUCCCUCGCCUGUGCCAAUAUUACCCCUCGAGCCCUGCCAGAAAGGCGUCUUCUGAAACCGCGCUGUCGGCCUGGUCCAUCCAUCGUACAUGCCCGGGCAGCACCUCGAGAAUUAGCCUCAACCGCGCCCUCCUAAACACCCCCCCUUGACGUACCCAGGUACCCCAGUUUCGUCAACCGUCCUGUUCGGGCCCUCACAGCCCCAAAUUGAAAAAUAGGCAGAGAGAAAUCCCGCCUCGGCAUCCCACCGCCGCUCUUCCUGUCACCGAUCGGCAGCUGUCCAUCCGUAUCCCCUCCAUUCUGGGCCCGUCCUGUCCGCCGCCGCUACCGCUGCCACCCCGCCCCAGUUGGCGACAUCUCUCGUCGCGAUCUUGUGUCUAGCCCGAAGACCCUCGCAAGGAUUGGUGUUUUUCCGCCCACCUCUAUACUUCACCUCAGACAAAGCAGAUCCUUCUCAAGAUGGCUGAGUUGGGAGACAACGUCGACAGGGCAACCUUCGACCAGAUCCUGGAGAUGGAUGAUAGCGAAGAGGAUAGAGAAUUCAGCAAGCCCCUUAUCAUGGGCUUCUUUGAACAGGCGGCGGAAACGUUUGACAAGAUGGACGUUGCACUUAAGCAGAAAAAUCUGAAGGAACUGUACGCCCUGGGGCACUUUCUGAAAGGGUCGUCGGCCACCCUCGGCUUUACUAAAGUCAGAGACAGCUGCCAGAUCAUACAGCAGUACGGCAACGGAGUCACGCUGGAUAACACCCCUGAGCCCGACCAAGGCGUCUGCAUCUCUCAGAUCGCCAGUGCCUUGACCCAGGCCAAGAGGGAUAUGGAGGAACUCAAGAAACUGCUGCUGGUCUUCUUUAACGCCGAGAUCUAGAACUGCUCCCUCGGCUCAGAGCUGAGUCCCGACAGGUGCCCCCUCGGCACCGAUGGCGUGACUUUGCGCAGGCGUCUUCCCUCGAAGAGCAGCACAAGAAACUAAGGCUGCGCAGGAACGAGGACCUACCCACGCAAGCCUACUGUUGGGACAGGCUUUUGAGGGGAAGACUCUCUCUGGCCUCGAGGCCCCGACCACCCCCACACAACCAUAUUCACGCGAGCAUUUAUUGCGACUGCAGCAUUCAUUCGUUUACGAUUAUACUGCGCCUUCCGAUCGUUCUUUUUUUGCUUCGGCCACCACGACAUAACCGCGACUUGCGAAUCUCGCGUCUGCUUGGAGGAUGGAAGACCACGCCCGAUGCCGGGCUCUUCUUGCCAUGCUUGGAGUGAGGCACGAAGGCAAUUGAAAAAAAAAACCCCAUCAAAACAAAAACGAAGAAUAAAAAUGAGAAAAAGAUCAA